AUGGCUACUUUUCCCCGGCAGGAGAACGACAGCCUGAGGCCCUACCUGGCGGAGGCGAUAGCGGCGUGCUGCGUCUCCAGGGAAACCGGGCUCCUCUUCGGCCAGGCGGGCGCCGUGGCUCCGCUCGUGCAGUACCUUGAGACGAACGACAGCACCAUCAGGAGGCCCACCUGCAGGGCGCUCCACCGCCUGUCGCUCGAGCCGGAGAACUGCGUCACUCUGCACCAGAGCGGCGCCGUCCCCCUCCUCCUCGAGAUGCUGGGCUCCGAGGACGAGGUGGUGCAAGAAGCGGCCGCCGACUGCCUGAGGAACAUCCGGCUGCUGGCUCUGCAACGUUGCAAAGCCCAAGGCCGAACGAACAGGUCCACGCCGAGGGGAAACCACAGCUCGAGGCGAUAGAUGGGGGCGGGGGGGGAAUAAGAAAAUAGAUAGAUAAAUGAGUGGAUAGAUAGAUCAACGAAUAGAUAAUUGAAUGAAUAAAUAAUAAGAAAAAACAACAAAUUAAAUAAAGAAAAAACAAUGUAUAAAUAAAUAAAAGGAGAUGAAUAGAUCAACGAAUAGAUAAUGGAAUAACUAGAUAAUAAUAAUAAAAAAAAAAAAAAAUACAAUAUAUGAAUAAAUCAAAGGCGAUCUGAAGUGGAACAAAACGUCGUUGAAAAUCGCCCUAAAAGACCAAUAACGACGCCGUAACUAGCUCUUGUGGUUCUCGAAGGACGCUGGGAAAUGGAGCGUCCCGAGAAGCCGUCUUGAGGAACGUGGAGGCCCUUGAGUGGAGGAUGAAGAGGACGGAAGGACGCUGAA